AUGGAGAACUUUGACGAGACUGACGAGUAUUGUCCACACUGUGACAACCACUAUGUAAUAGAAGCCAAGACCCCUCAAAUAGGUAUUGGUGUCGAAGGAGAUGAUCCACGAAAGGAUAACAGAAUGUUAAAGGACGAUCGUAUGCAACAAGAUCCGUCAAAGAGCGUCUUUUUUCCCGACUUUAGCAAGCGUGAAUAA